AUGUCGCAGACCCUAACCGCCAAAGACGUCGCGGCCCACGCCUCCGUCGACAACGGCCUCUACAUCAUCAUCGACAACGACGUCUACUCGCUCGCCGACUUUGUCGAUGAACACCCCGGCGGCGCCAAGAUCCUCAAGCGCGUCGGUGGGAAAGACGCCAGCAAGCAGUUCUGGAAGUACCACAACGAGAGCGUGCUGAAAAAGUACCAGCCCAAGUUCAAGAUCGGCAGCUUGAAGGAGGAGGCGAAGCUGUAA